AUGACUCGUGUUGCUGUCAUCGGUGCUGGCCCGGCAGGCGUCAUUGCGACUGAUGCAUUGGCCAAAGAACAGGCAUUUGACACAAUUCGGGUGUUCGAAAGGCGCAAUGCUGCAGGAGGCACAUGGAUUUUAACCUCGGACCUAGAUCCUAGCAUCCCAUCGCUUCAGGAUCUCUUAGAGCUGCGGGCAGAUCAGCCCAUACAGGUGCCCGCAAGUUACCCAUGCGAGAAGCCCAAGGACAAGAAUGUUGACUCGCACCAAUUACGCUUCUCAGACUCGGCCGCUCACAACCAUCUGCACAGCAACUUGCCACCGGAGAUAAUGGCUUUUUCUCAAGAACCUAUACCCAAAAUUCUCUCCGAUGAGUCUCUGGCCAGGUAUGGUCCAGACUCACCAUUCCGGCAUAGAGACGUAAUGCGUCAAUGGGUAGAAGAUGUCUUGAACCGCGGGAAUUAUGGCCAUCUUGUUGAAUUUGGCACAACGGUGGAACGAGCUGAGCACACUGGCAAGGAAUGGGUACUUACUCUGAGACAGUCUGUUCCUGGUCAAGAAAGGGACUUCUGGAAGCAGGAACACUUUGAUGCGGUUGUCGUUGCAACCGGUCAUUAUAACGUACCAUAUAUACCAAACAUUCCUGGCAUCGUGGAGUACGACAAGAAAUAUCCAGGCAGAAUUUGGCAUAGCAAGCACUACCGCACAACCGAGCCCUUCAUAGGAAAGCGUGUAAUCGUGGUGGGCGGCUCUGUUUCCGCCUUUGACACCUUACACGAUAUAUGUCGAGUUUCAAAGCUUCCAGUUAUAUCCGCCCUUCGCCAUCCCUCGGGGAUUUUUGGCCACACGCCAUUUAUUCAUCCAGAUAUUGAUAAUCGAUCUGAGAUCUCCGAAUUUGAUCCCGAGACGGGACGCAUCACCUUCUCCGAUGGCUCCAUAGCGGAAGACGUAGACGCCAUACUGUUCGCGACAGGGUUCGAAUUCAGUUUCCCAUUCCUCCCAGAUGUGAAGCCAGUGAAUAGAAGAAUUCCGGGCUUAUAUCAACACGUCUUCAAGAUUGAUAACCCCAGCUUGGUUUUUAUUGGUAUGACGUUGCCACCGAAUCAGAACAACGACACUAACCGGUGCACAAACAAGGUGACUGGUUGCUUUGGAAUACGGAUCUUUGAAUGGCAGGCUGUAGCUGCGGCGCGCGUGCUAGCCGGGCGUGCCACACUUCCAUCACGAGAUGAUAUGGAGAAGUGGGAAAAACUUAGGAUAGAAGAACGUGGCGACAGCGCAGCCUUCUGGACCUUGAUGCCUGACUACGAAGUGUAUUUUGAAGCCUACAGGGCCUUGGCAGGAGAGCCUGCAUCUGGUACCUGCGGUAGGAUACUUCCCAAGUACGAUCCCAAGUGGGAAGAAACAUUCUGGGACUUUGUCAACACGAGAAAGGAGUGGUGGAAGAAAGACGCCGAGAAGGCAGAAACAGCGAAAAAUUCAAUCGUAUAA